AUGCUCUAGAUUUCUCGUACUAAAUUAUCCUAAUUCAAUGGUUACUCUAGAUUUGAAUCAGAUGAUACGACAGAUAGGAUAUAAGAGGAAAUAAAGAAGCUCAAUAAGUAGAUUCUUUCAAGCAACUAAAUGCCCUACAUUAUGAACUAAAGAGAAAAAUAGAUGCAUAACUAAAUAACUAAAAGUCUCAGAAUCAUUGAAAAGAGGCAAAUUGCAUUUCAAAAAGUUGAAGAGGAUAUCAAUGAUCACGAUAGGAAAAAUAUAUUGUCAAGAGGCAUUAAACAUCGUAAGUCAAAUUUAGACCAGUAGGACUAAAUGCUUUCUAAAUCAUCUGAUGGAAUACCUUCAGCUAGAUAUGACAACAAGACAUUUUAGCUUUAAUUAAAUGAAAACUAGCAAUCCCAGCAUAUUAUCUAUCCAAAAGAUGUGAGCAAGAUGCUUAAAGAAAAGCAUGAGUAUAAUAACUCUGAUAUUAAGUAUAAGCGCAGCAACUACACUAAGUUCUAGGACGACUUGUUAAAGAGAUUUGAACUUAUUAAGAAUACAGCUGCUAAUCCAAUGGUAACUGAUAAACUCAUGUCCCAAGCUAAUCGAGUCCACUAUACAGCAGUCAAUCCUUACAAAAGUCUAUAGCAGAUUAUAUCAAAGUAGAAAUUUCAAGUGAGACAAUUUUCUCACAAAAAAACUACAGGAAUUAACAUGGGUCUCUCAAUCGAUAGAGUAUUGAAAAAAGAAGAUGAUGAAUCAGAGAACACGCAAGGACAAAUUUAGCAGCAGUAGUUUCUGCCAAAUACCUAAAGAAGCUAAUAUCCAUCAAUAGAAAAGUAGAAACUAGAAAUUGAAGAAGCUCUUGGCUAGAUGGUAAUCAGCUACGGAGCAAUAAAGGAGAGAAUGAGGUCAAGAGUAAUCAAUCUUUUGGAGUAGAAGAAGUCAUCUAUCAGUAAUCUAGAGCCAGAGAUUGAGCUUAUUAAACAGCUUCAUAAGAAGUCUCAGUCAGUUGAAAACUUAAUCAAGAGGCGCAAGACAAUGAGAAAAAGUUAAAUAGACCAAGUAAACUCAGAACUCAUCUAACUCUAAGCACUUAAUAAUAUGAGUUCCUUAUCUCCUCAGAUUCCAAUUUAGGCUCUUCUAAACCCAGACUCUCAGUUUAGAUAAAGACGUAAGAGUGUAAACAAAACUGUAUUGGGAUACAGUAGAAAUUCAAUAAAUCUUUCCAGAAUUGAUGAGUCAUAACUGCAAGGCAACAUAAAUGAUAGUAGCAUAAAGAAUGCAAUGAUGGUGAUCAAUAGUCAAAGAUCUUAUUACAUCGAUGGCUAGUAGAGUAAAAAUCGAAAGAAGAAUUAAAGCUAUCUAAGUAAAAGCAUUAAUAGCAAUACCGGUGGAAUGUAGAGUAGCAGGUCCUAUAUACAUAACUAGCCCAGUGUGAUUCUCAAGCCUCACCUGGGCAACCUUAGCAUCAGAAUAUUAGAUGAUAGUCAAGGGCAGAAUAGCUCUAUACAGACUAUCAAUUAUUUGCAUUGA